AUGUGUUUUUUUGGUCAUGUGUAUUCUAACCCGCCUUGGACCCACUUCAACAACCCAUCCGCGCUCGCAGACUACGCGAAGCUCGUGCGUAAGCGCGAGAAAGCCCUUGCAAACGGGGAGACGCCAUCAAUCCAGCGCAUCGAUAUGGAGAUGCUUCGUGCAAGUGCGCGAGCUGCUGAUGCCGACAAGGGUGGCCGCGCUGCAUUAGGAGGCGGAUCUGCGGGUGGAGCCGUCAUGAAUUCAGUUAGUGGAAACGGACAUGGCAGUGGCAGCGGAAGUGGGGGUGGGAAUAGUAACGGCGGAGGAGACGACAAGAUGAAUUUAGGGAUCCAUCAAGGCUCGUUCCAGAUCAACACGGACGCCGGCGAUGCGAUGCAGGAUCAAGAUCCUAAUAUGAAUUCGCAAUCGAGCGCAGGGGGGACGUAUACGCGUCCUCCACGCCCUGCGCACUCGAAGCGUCCGUCGUCGACUCGAGUGAUGCAGUCCCCUGGAGUUAUGGGCGGGCAACAUCCAUCUGCGGGCGUUUCGCAUCAUCCAUCUGGACAGACGCCAUCCAUGUCUCAUCAUACGACGCCAUCUGUGCAGCACCACCAAGCGCCGUCUACGCACCACCAAACGCCGUCUGCUCACCAUCAGACACCAUCUGCGCACCAUCAGACGCCGUCUGCGCACCACCAAACGCCGUCUGUGCAACACCAUCAAACGCCAUCGAUAUCCCAUCACACGACUCCUUCUGUGACUCAUCAAAGUGGUAAUUCGUCAUCGGGAUCUACAUCGCGUCACCCACCUGCUGCGUCACAUACGCCUGCAGCACCGCCUGCCUCUCAACAGAAUCAAGGGCAUCAUCAGCCGACUGCGCAAGGACAUCAUCAAUCUGGGUCGGCGCAAGGACAUCAUCAAUCUACGACGCAGGGACAUCACCAAUCUACGGCGCAGGGGCACCAUCAAUCUGGGUCGGCGCAAGGACAUCAUCAAUCUACGUCCGCGCAAGGACACCACCAAACGUCUGUGCACCACCCUCCGUCUCGACUCGUACCACCGCCUACGCCGCCUUGGUACCUGCCCGCUGCCAAUCAGUCACAUUCGAUGCUGAGGCAGUGA